AUAUUAGUGUGGUGUACACCACUAAUAUAUGUAAUUCCUGGUAGUAUAGCUUCUUUGGACGAUCCCAUAUUUCAGAGGAUAUUUCCAAUCCGACAAUCCAGUUGCAACACCAGUAUGGCCUAUUCCUUCCCUCUCAGAAACACGCCUAGUCAAGCACGACAUAUCAGGGUUGUAGCGGAAGAGUGGCUACCUUUUGUGAAGGUGGAUAAGAUUGGGGCGUGUCUGGCGGUCAGAGGUCCAAUGGCGGAAAUUCUUCAUUUUCUAGCCACAAACUUGAAUUUUAGCUACACCGUUAUUCAGCCUGAAGACCACCAGUGGGGGUCCAAGAAAUCUGACGGUAGUUGGAGUGGAAUGAUUGGUUUGCUGCACCGGAAGGAGGCAGAGUUCCUUGCGACACCUGUCUCAGCCAAUCUUCACAGACUUGAGGUAGCGGACUUCACAGUACCUUUAAUGGUUGACUCGCAAGGCUUGUUGGUAGCUAGUCCAGCUGAGGAGAACGAUGCUUUUGGUUUCUUCUUCUCCUUGAACUGGGAG